AUGCGCCUGCCCCCGGCGUACACGCCGUAUGUCCUCCGCGUAUCCCUCGAUGCCGGAACACCCGCCUCCCGCAACGGCGUCUUCAAGACCAACUUCCCCCUUGACGGUGGCCGCUUCGAGCGUGAUCGCUUUGCCGAGCGAAAGCUCCCCACGGACUUCUCGUCCCCCAUCCAAGUUAACCUGCCCAUCUCGCAUGCCGGCGCGUUCGUCUACUGGGUUGAGUAUGACGGCGACACCCCAGGCUCUCGUGUUAAGGGUCGCGAAGGCUACUUCAACAUCGAUCCCAUUCUAAGGGUCAAGGCGAGGACCCCCAUUGUUUCCGAAGGUGCUAUUGUCGUAGAUGGGUCUGCAGUCAAGUCCGACUACGUGAACCUCCCCCUCGAUGGGCUUUCCGUCUUGACUCUCGUCUCGAAGUGGAUGGGCCCAACGUCAGGCUGGAACGAGUACUUCGCCGAGACCAGCGCGAGGGGCUACAAUAUGAUCCAUUGGACGCCUCUCCAGGAGCGUGGGGAGAGCGACAGUCCAUACUCUAUCCGUAACCAGCUCGUAUACGAGCCGUCCAUGUUCCCUGAUAAGCACCUUGGUAAAGACGGCGGCAAGACGAAGUUGGAGGAUAUUCUGAAGGUAGCGAGGGAGGAGUAUGGGUUGCUCAGUCUGACAGACGUUGUCCUUAACCAUACGGCCAAUGACAGUCCUUGGCUGCUUGAGCACCCAGAAGCAGGCUACAGCCCUUCAAACACACCGCAUCUUACACCAGCGCUGGAGCUCGAUACCGCUUUACUCGAGUUCUCUGCUACUUUAGAGUCGAGAGGCCUUCCGACGGUUGUGACGUCAGAAAAGGACAUUACCCAAAUCCUGGAGGGCUUCGAGAACUACCUCAAAGAGCUCAACAUAUGGCAGUACUACGUUUUCGACGUGAAGCGGGAGCGAAGCGAUGUCAAGGAGGCACUGGAGAAGCAGGACGUUCUUGCUUGGGAUGGAGUUGACAUUGCAAACAAGACCGUUGUCGAGCUCGCAGAGAUCCUUCGCAGCUCCGGUCGCAUCGAAGGGCACCGCAAGCUUGAAAAGAGGUUCGGCACGCACGUUCCUGGCCCGACUGCUGCUGGUUUCGUUAAGGCGGCUUUUGUCAACCUUCAAGACAGUGACGCGCUGGCUGAUGCAUGGAUCCGCGUUGUGGACGUGCUCAACGUGCCCCUCUACGAGGAAUGGAAUGAGGAUACGAAGGCCGCGCUGGUGCAGAUCGGAAAUCGCGUCAAGUAUACGCGCCUCGAGGAGCAUGGUCCUAAACUGGGGCCUAUCACGAAAGCCAACCCGAUCGCCGAACCGUAUUUCACUCGACUGAAGGACACCGAGCCCGAGAUCUACUCUGUCGCUAACAAUGGAUGGAUCUGGAAUGCGGAUCCGCUCGCCAACUUCGCCUUAUGGCCCUCAAAGGCAUAUCUCCGACGCGAAGUCAUCGUCUGGAGCGACUGCGUCAAGCUCCGCUACGGAGAUGGCCCGUCGUCGAACCCUUGGCUUUGGGAGUACAUCACCAAGUACGUCACGGACCUCGCAGCGACCUUCGAUGGUUUCCGGAUCGACAACUGCCACUCAACCCCGCUGCACGUCGGCGUUACCCUGCUCGAUGCCGCGCGCGCUGCAAACCCAAACCUCUACGUGUGCGCGGAGCUGUUCACGGGCAGCGAGGAGAUGGACACGAUCUUUGUUAGUCGGUUGGGCAUCAAUUCGUUGAUUCGAGAGGCAGGGAACGCUUGGGAUCCGAAGGAGCUAUCUCGUUUACUCUAUCGUCAUGGUCUUGGGAAGCCCAUAGGCUCGAUGGACAGUGCAUGCAUGACAAGCAAGGACGAGCUCCCUCCACCUACCGGCAAGGGCCCGACCCGGGACUGCAUUGUCAUCCCGCACAACGGCUCGGUGCCGCACGCGCUUUUCUAUGACCUCACGCACGACAACGAGUCGUACUUGCACAAACGCUCUGCCGAGGACGCGCUCUCGACUGGCGCGCUCAUCACGUUCUCGUUCUCCGCAAUCGGCUCUGUCAAGGGCUUCGACGACCUCUAUCCGAAGCUGCUUCACCUCGUCAUGGAGAAAAGGAAGUACGAGGUCACGCAUAUCGGAGAGAACAGCGGGAUUGCGAGGGCGAAAAGGAUCUUGAACGCGUUGCAUACGGAGUUCGCGUUGAAUGGGUAUGAGGAGGGCCAUGUUCACCAGGAGAACGAUUACAUCGUCCUUCACCGUGUACAGCCGCAGACGCAGAAGGGGUAUCUCCUCGUUGCUCACUGCGCCUUCCAGAAGGGUUCGAAGGACCGAGGUUUCAUCACACCUAUCAAGCUUCGCAGCACGAAAGCCAAGUUCCUCUACGGCGCGCACAUCGACUUCUCGUCCUACGAAGACACCGCCGAUCAGACCACACUCCGAGGAAUGGCCGGCAAGCUCGUGGAGAUGCCGCAAGUCGUCGUACCUCAGGGCAUGGACGCCGAGGGUCCAUACGCGGAGAUCGUCGUCCCGGAGUACUUCCCCCCGGGCACUAUCAUGCUGUUCGAGACGCACCUCCAGGGCCUCGAUAGCAGCCUGGAUCAGUUCUGCUCUUCGGGCGCGGAGGAGGCGUUUGGCGACCUCGACCUCGUCAACCUCAACGUUGUUCUUUUCCGCGCGGAGGGAGAGGAGCGCGAUGCGACGGGCGGUGAGAUCGGAACUUACAAUGUUCCCGGAAUUGGCAACCUUGUGUAUAGUGGCUUCGAGGGAUGGAUGCACCCGCUCCGCCAUAUCAUGCGGUACAACGACCUCGGGCAUCCGCUGUGUGGUCAUCUUCGCGAAGGAGCGUGGGCGUUUGAUUAUGUUCACAGCCGCCUAUUCAAGCAAGUCGAGGUCUUCCCGAACCUCGCCAAACCGGCAAAGUGGCUCAAGGAGCGGUUUGAUCGCGUCAAGGAGUCUGUCCCUCCCUUCCUGAGGCCUAAAUACUUCGCGAUCAUUAUCUCGGAAGCAUACAAGGCCGCGCGUCGGGCCGCUAUUGAGCAAAGCUCGAACUUCGUCGUGACUGGUCACGACUUCACUCACAACCUCGCCCUCUGCUCCGUGCAGAUGUACGGCGAGGUCAAGUCUGCAUCGCUCGACCCUGGAAAGCCUACGCCGUCCGUGGCAGCAGGUCUGCCGCACUUCGCUACCGGGUGGGCGCGCUGCUGGGGACGGGACGUGUUCAUCUCGCUCCGCGGCCUCUUCCUCACAACAGGCAAUUUCGCAGCCGCGAAGGCGCACAUUCUCGCGUUCGCGUCCGUGCUCAAGCACGGUCUCAUCCCGAACCUGCUCGACUCGGGCCGGACACCGCGCUACAAUUCGCGUGACUCGCCCUGGUGGAUGCUGCAGAACAUCCAAGACUAUGCGCUGAGUGCCCCAGACGGACUCUCAAUCCUUGGGGAGUCAGUGAAGCGCCGCUUCCCGGCGGAUGACACCUGGGUGCCGUGGGACGACCCGCACGCGUUCGCGUACUCAAGCACGAUCGCGGAGGUGAUCCAGGAGAUUGUGCAGCGACACGCGAGUGGGAUCUCGUUCCGCGAGUACAACGCGGGCCCGAAUUUGGACAUGCAGAUGAAAGACGAGGGGUUCAACAUCGAUAUCCAUGUGGACUGGACGACGGGCUUGAUCCUGGGCGGGAACCGGUACAACUGCGGGACGUGGAUGGACAAGAUGGGCGAGAGCGAGAAAGCGGGGAACAAGGGGCUACCCGGUACUCCCCGUGAUGGCGCGCCGGUGGAGAUCACGGGCUUGUUGAAGAGCACGCUGAGGUGGCUGAGCGAGCUAUCGGCGAAGGGCAAGAUCCCGUUCAAAGGCGUCGAGGCUGAGAUAAACGGAAAGAAACGUCUCGUGACGUACAAGGAGUGGAGCGAUCUCGUCCAGUCCUCCUUCGAGAAGUGCUACUAUGUCCCGACUGAUCCCAGCGAAGACGUGAAGUACAAUGUUAACUCGCAGCUCGUGAACCGCAGGGGUAUUUAUAAGGACGUCUACGGCACCCCUGCGGAGCGUGAAUGGGCGGACUAUCAGUUCCGUUCCAACUUCCCCAUCGCGAUGACGGUCGCGCCAGAGUUGUUCGACGAGCACCACGCACUGGGUGCGCUCAAGCUCGCCGAUCAAAUUCUUCGCGGUCCUCUGGGUAUGAAGACUCUCGACCCAGCGGACUACCAGUACCGUCCUUACUAUGACAAUGCGAACGACGGUACCGACACGGCUGUAGCGAAGGGUUGGAACUACCAUCAGGGUCCCGAGUGGGGUUGGCCACUGGGCUACUUCCUGCGCGCAUACCUCUACUUCGAUACUAGGGUCGGAGCCGGCAAAGAGGAUCCUACGGUAACCUUGCAUCACCUCCAUCGCAUCCUCUUGAAGCCUCGCGAACACAUUCAGAAGGACCCUUGGGCCGGCUUGCCCGAGUUGACAAACAAAGACGGGGAGCUCUGCCGCGACUCUUGCAACACGCAGGCGUGGAGCGCGAGCACCCUCCUGGACUUUUUGGAAGAAGUACACAAGUUCAGUGCAUGA